AUGCGCUCCAUCAACCUGCAAUGGCCAAUCCACAUUCUGCACCCGCAAGUAUUCCAACAUCACCCAACUGGCGCCCACGACAGCCCCUUCGUCGGCCCCCUCCCACAGCAUAAUCAAAACCUGGAGGUAACAGAACAACUUGACCUGGGGAUCCGCUUCCUGCAGGGCCAAACCCAUAAAGCCCUUGACAACGCCAAUACCAUUCAAUUAUGCCAUACAUCCUGUCUUCUCGAGGACGCCGGAACCCUGGAGUCCUUCCUGGGCACGGUCAAGACCUGGCUGGACAGCCAUCCAGAUGAAGUGGUCACCUUACUGCUUACGAAUGGUGAUGGCUUCCCCGUAUCACGGUUCGAUGAGGUAUUCGCCGGUGCCGGGAUUAAGGAUUAUGCAUUCAUACCGAGCUCGUCGCCGGAUGUGCUGGCCAUGGAUUCGUGGCCGACAUUGGGAGACCUGAUCAGUACGGGGAAGCGACUUGUGGUAUUUUUGGAUUACGGCGCCGACACUAAAUCCGUUCCAUAUAUAUUGGACGAAUUCGGUUACUUCUUCGAGACGCCCUACGAUGUGACGGAUGCCUCGUUCCCGAAUUGCAAUAUCGAUCGGCCUUCUGGAGCAUCGGCCGACGGGCGCAUGUAUAUCGUCAAUCAUUUCCUAGAUGUCAAUGUGCUGGGGGUCCUGGUGCCCGACCGGAUCCGCGCGCCCAAGACCAAUGCUGUCUCGGGCAAUGGGAGUAUCGGGGCACAGUCCGACUUAUGUCGGUCCAUGUAUAAACGGCUGCCUAAUGUGGUCCUUGUGGAUUUUGUAGAUCAGGGUGAGGUUAUGAAGGCUCAGAAUACGCUAAACGGGGUUUAG